AUGAAUUCAUUAGAUUCAUCUGAAUCCUCCGACCAGAGUGAGUCGGUACCUAGGAGUAUACUGUCUGGUUACGAUAAUAGAUUACAGUCAGUGAGCAAACACGUCUCCAUCCAGUCACCUAGAGAGGCCAGUCAACCAUCACCUGGACACGGAAUGCCACAGGCGCUUUGGAAGUUUGAAGAUACACCUGACAAACUCAGUCAUGUAAAGACUCAUUUUAUGACACCAAGCAUCAAGAAAGUAUGUACAAAGUCUGUAGAAGUGGUCAGCAUGCCUAAAGGUCAGUACGAUGAGGAUAGGGAUGAAGAUACAAGUAUUGUAGAGAUUCGAGCCCCAACCAGUGAUUCUGUGUUACAGUCUCCUGUACCUACCUCAAACAUAGAUAUUGCCAGCCUGUAUCAGACUGUAGAGACAUUGACUGGCCAGGUGAUGCAGUUAGCUGAGUCCCAGCAGGCAGCAGGAACAGUUGUGGCAGAUAGGAAGAUGGAGAUGGUUCUAUCAAAGAUAGAAAACCUCACAGCAAGAAUACUUCUCCUAGAAAACAGAAUGUCCAUUAUAGAAGCUAAGAUGGGGGAAGUGAAGCUGUCUGAUUCUCCAGUUACUAUGCAUUCUAAUCCUGGCACUGCACCAGUACGGCAGCCCAUCGUGCAGCUACCACCAGUUCAGUCUGUUACCAAGGAUACCAUACAGUCAGAGGUCAGGAAUGUGCAACAUGGAAACCCAAAACACAUGGGACAAGGAGAUAUCAGUGUAGACUCACCAGGACUUUUUGCUGGCCCAGGCAAUUCUUUUGCUGAGGAGUUGAAGGCUAUGUCAGACAGUCAGAAAGCCAAGAUAAAAGAAAACACUGAUUUCUCUUUAAAUUACUCACCAAUCAGAAGAGUUAAUAAUGGUUUAGCGGGAACAAUUAUGUCGGCUAAUGAGGACACGUUUGCCAUGGAGACAGAAGACGAUGCUAGGCGAUCCAGUACACCAACAUUUGGAGGAACAUUCCUUGGAGAUAGCAGUCUACACUGUGACAUUUCCCACAUGGAAACUAAAGAUACUGUGGCCAGAAUUCAUAAUAUGAUGAAGGAAACAACUCUCAUGAUAAAGGAUAAAGCAGCCGGCGGUCAGUUACAGCCACCAGAGGUUGACAUCGGAAGUUGAAACCUUGCACCAGUUAGAGUUCACUGUAAACAAGAUUAUGUUGAUGUCUUAUUGACUGAUCAUAGAUGCUGUGAAAUUAUUAGGUUGUUAUUAAAGGAUUCAUGGAAGACAAAUAAUGUGAAAUAUGUAUGUUGUGGUGGAGGGAUAUAUGAAAGACACAUAAUGUGAAAUAGGUGCUAUGAUGAAGGGAUUCUUUAAAGACACAAACUGUUAAAUAUAUAUGUUGUGAUGAAGGGAUUCAUUUAAGACACCCGUAUACCAUGAAAUAUGUGUUGUGAUAGAGGAAUUCAUUAAAGACACCCGUAUACUGUGAAAUAGAUUUGCUGUGAUGAAUGGAUCUAUAAAAUACACUGACUGUCAGAUAAUGAUUUUUGUGCAGAAACAUAUGACUUCAAAAUAUUAUGAGAAUUUUAUUGGCUGUUCAGUUACAUCAAGUCACCAUGGUAAUAUGAAACUAUAUUAAACUCUGUAUGCCAUCUUGUAGUGAUUUUGUACAGAUUUCUAAGUGCUAUAUUAGUGAAUGCAAUAUUAAAGCUGUAACUGUUGACAUUAAAUCUCAAAACAAAUUACAGUUACAGUUUUGAAAAUGUGUUCUGUUUGAUUAAGCACCAAGUUAUGUGUAGCUGGUGUACAGUUUUGAAGUAUCAAUACAGACAAACCUGUACUAAGCAGUGGGUUCACGGAGUUUCACAUUCUAGCUGCUUAGGGCUGAAUGCCUUUCAAUAUAAGUUUAAAAUUUGAACAAAAGGUCUAUUUUGGAAGUUUGCUGACUGCUUACUUAAGGCAAGUGGCUACUAAUUAUAAUUGGUCACUAAGGCAGGUUUAACUGUACAUGUAUUAUAAUUGCAGGACAACUAAGUAAGUGUUCAGACCUUGUAUAGUUCGACUGCAUGUUUUGAGCCCGUGACGGAAUGAUACACUUUUUUAAUUGGGUUAUAUCGAUAUUCGGUCCAUACCUGGCUGAAAAAAUCCCUAUAGAGUAAGUUGAUAUGUACGUUUUGUUUACCAUGAACUUGAUUAUAUCGCUGGCGCAGUUGGUAGAGUGUAAUGAUUACAAACCCUGAGGUGCGAGUUCAAGCCCAGAUUACGGCCUUAUUUUUUCUCUAGUAUACAUUAUUUUUAUUUUAUUUUAGUCAAGAACCUUUGAAGACUCUUUUUAAAAACAUUUUGUAUAUUUUAAUAAUAAUGUUGGACUUAUUUUUUUCAUUGUUUCUAUAUUUCAAUAUAUUUUGCUUUUUUUAUUUCAAUUUAAUUCAUGUUACAAUUUCAACUUCACUUGCCAUGUCUGUUGACAACCCUUCAGCUGUGUCAGUCUCUGAGUCAGAUGAUGUAUCGGAAUCCGAGUUAAGCUCGGUGAUCACCAGUGCUGGAAGAUCGUCUAUAGCAAUAUCUAACUCCCAGUAUUUCUGUUCAACUGACAGUAGAUGGUCAGUACACCUAGACCUAUCUGAAGAUGAAACUGUUUUGCAAACCCUCCGUAAUAAGGUCUUUCACAUGGGCCAUCUUAAACGUCAAGUUCUUAAUGCAAUUUUCUUGUGCAAUGUUUAUUGAAACAAACGAUUAAAUUAUUUUUUUUUUAAAUCUGAACUCCCCAAGGCUCGAACCUCAAAAAGCAAGUUUGUUAAGCCAACGCUGUAUCCUUUGGGCCAUGCAUUCGUUUAAAUUCAUUGGUGACUUAUACCACUUUACUAUGUAUUACAUAUAUGUUUCUACCCUUUUUUGGCGAAUCAACUGUCCUGCAUAAAUUAGUCAUGGCUCAAAAAACAUGGUCGACCUAUAGGAGAACAUGGUUGUAAAUAAAUCAGAGUUGGAAUAUAUUACCAGGGGAGACCACUACAUUGUUAUUGGUAAAUUUGGCCUGUCUGAGUGAUUGUUUCAGCUGAAUCAGUGUAUAUGUUACAUCUGAGAGAAAGUUUCAUGUAUUUUUAUUUAAAAAAUGGCUAAAAAUAUUUCAAAUGCAUAUAGUGUCAUACUAGUCCGUGCUUGCCCUAUACAGACUGACAAUAUUUUUUUGGUUAACACAGGAAUUAAAUGUCUAGUUAAUGUCAAGGUUUUUUUUUUAGAUUGGUAUUUAUAUAUUUUUUUUAAAAGGCUAAAAAAAAACAACUGUGGAGAUAGAUGGGGCAUUGAAAUGCAGAUCAGAGGAACUUGAGUAUGUCUGUUUAACUUGGGCAGGAUGCAGAUAUUUAUUGCUACCUAACAUUUAUUCUCUAAUAUUUCUGUUUUGUACAAGUCAUUCCAUUUUUGGUAUGUUUAGUUAUGCCAUCACCCCCUUACAGAAGCAGGGAUAUAUUGAUUGCUCCGGUCCAUCUGUCGUUAGAGUGAAGGUUUCCUUUUGCCAGCUUGAGAACCACUUAACUCAGAACAUUCAAACUUGGUAGCAUGAUUGGGCUUAUGGAGAAGAUGACCCUUGUAGUUUUUGGAGCCAGUAGGUGAAACCAAAAUUUGUAGUCCUGUUUGGCGCCAUAUAACCUAUACUGUGUUGGUGUGCCGUAAAACCCAAAUAAAUAAAUAAAUAAAGGUCAAAGUCACAGUGCCUGAACAUUGAAAUGGUUUCUACUCAGUAAUUUGAGAAUCACUUGAUUGAGAAUAUCAUGAUUGGGCUUAUGAAGUAUAUGACCCCUAUUGAUUUUGGGGUCAGUAAGUCAAAGGUCAAGGUCAAAGGUCCCUGAACCUUGAAAACUGUUUCUGCUCAAUAACAUGUGAACCACUUGACCUGGGACUGGAGCUGGAGAAUACUUAGGCCUAGUAGCCGUCAAACUUCAUAGUAAGCUUAUUUAUGGUCAGGGAAUGUGUUGUAGGUCAAAGGUUAAAGUAACAGCAUAUUACAAACCCAGUUUCCUCAAACAGGCUAUCAUUGGGGGGAUAACGCUCUUGUUUAUCCCCCGCCAUGAGGAAUGGUCUCCGUCCUUGGAUCUGUCUAUAACAUUUUGUGGCGCUCUGUAUCUCCUAAACCCCUUGAAGGAUUUUCACGAAACUUGUGUCAAAUGAUCACCUCAUUAGACAAUGUGCAGAACUUUUGUGAGUCAGCCAUGUUGGCGCAAGGUCAAGGUCACAAUUCAAGGUCAAAGAUUUGAGCCUUCAAUUUUGUGUGCACUCUGCAUCUCCUAAACCCUUGAAGGAUUUUCAUGAAACUUUUGUCAUAUGAUCUCCGCAUCAAGAUGAUGUGCAGAACUCAUGUGUAGGCUCAAAGUCAAGGUCAUAACUCGAGGUCAAAGGUUUGAGCUCUGUAUCUCCUAAACCCCUUGAAGGAUUUUCAUGAAACUUGGGUCAAAUGAUCACCUCAUCAAGACGAUGUGCAGAACUCCUGAAUCAGCCAUGUUGGCUCAAGGUCAAGGUAAAAUCUCAAUGUCAAAGGUUUGAGCUCUGUAUCUCCUAAACCCCUUGAAGGAUUUUCACGAAACUUGGGUCAAAUGAUCACCUUAUCAAGACGAUGUGCAGAACUCCUGAAUCAGCCAUGUCGGCUCAAGGUCAAGGUAAAAUCUCAAUGUCAAAGGUUUGAGCUCUGUAUCUCCUAAACCCCUUGAAGGAUUUUCACGAAACUUGGGUCAAAUGAUCACCUCAUCAAGACGAUAUGCAGAACUCAUGAGUUAGCUAUGUUGGCUCAAGAUCAAGGUCACAACUCAAGGUCCAAGGUUUGAGCCUUCCAUUUUGUGUCCGCUCUGUAUCUCCUAAACCCCUUUAAGGAUUUUCAAAUUCAUUGAUGUUGUUAUACAUGGACUAUAAAAUAUACUUAACAACGUCAAUGCUCCCACCUUAUACCAUCAACCCUUUCACUAUCCAUAACAGCAGCAGGGGAUAUAGCUGUCUUUCAGACUGCCUUGUUUACUAAUUGUAAAUGUCAUCAAUUUAACGUAUGUUUCGUCUUUUUAAAUGACUUUUAUCUCUACAGCUAGUAAGCCAUUGAACUUCAAACAGUUGAUACCUGUACUUGAUAUGACACUGUAUCCUUCUUAAAUUCAUGUAGAUAUUUUCUGUGUCAAGUAAAUUAUCUCAGAUGUCUUUCAACUUUGUUCAGAUAUAAGUACACAUUUACUUAAAAUCAUCCUAUGUUUGAUUUGUGAUAAGAUAGAUUUAUCUCUUGAGAAAAAAAAAAUCAGGUUUGUGUACACAGUCUAGAGUGUGUGAUACCACAGCCUUGAACUAAAAAUCAAAUAUAAAUUAAGCUGUUUCCCAGAUACAUCAGGUUAAAUUAUUGAUGUAUUUUGAAGUACGGUAAUGCAUAAAUUCUCAGGAUUCUUUCUAAUUUAUUUCAUUUUUUGUAUGUUUGCCUAUGUUCUGCAAAAUAUUACAACUUUUGUGUUGGCAUGUGUGAUUAUAUUGUACAGACAGGAACUGGGUUUCAAACCCCACACCUACAUGGUUGUUGUGCCAAGUCUGCUACAGACUGUACUAGUACCAAACCUACAAUGACUUUCCUUCAGUUACCUUAAAAUGCUGAUCUAUUAUAUGAUUUCAGUGUAUUAUUGAAUAUAGCAGUAUUUUUUUUCUUCUAUUUUUGUAAAUAUAAUUUUCAUUUGUAUGUGUGCGCAAAAUGCAUACAAUUUGGUUAAAACCGCUGAAAAAAAUGGAAUAAGAAGAAAACUUGUUUGCAUUUUACAAGAAUCAAAAGAUCAAAAUAUCUUUCAUUUGUGAACACCAGACUUACAAAAUUGAAAUGUAUUGCAUCUGGGUGUUCACUCAGUAAAAGGUUUUGAUCUAACACUGAAACAAACAAAACAUCGUUUUAUCAUUGAAUGGCCAUUUAAUGCAUUCAAUGGUACCUGUAUAGGGCUGUCAAUAGAUGGAAAAAAAGAAAAGAAAGAAGAAAUUGCAUCUUCAUUUAUUUAUUAUAUGUUAAGGCAUUUAGACAUUUAAUCUUUUGUAGUAUCUGGUAUUGUUGAUUUUGUUCACAUCUGAUAUUUAUUUUGCUUGAUUAGAGAUUAGGGGUCUCUGUGGCAGAGUGGUUAAGGUUGCUGAUUUUGAAUCAGUUGCCCCUCACUAAUGUGGGUUUGAGACAUUGCUUGAGGUGUAGAAUUCUUUCAUGUGGGGAAGCCCUCCAGCUGGCAUACAGAAGAUCUGUGGUUCUACUCAGGAGCCUGCUUGUGCCUGCGAUAAUACUCAAGAGUGUCACCUGGGGUCUUCCUUCACUAUUAAGAAAUAGAAAGUCACAUAUGACCUAUAAUUGUCUAGGUGUGAUGUUAAGCUCAACAGAAAAGAUAAUUUUGUCAGUGUGAAGUUAAACCCAACAGCAACAGCAACAAAUUGGGAGAUUACGUAUUGAACAUAUUCACUGAGCAAGUUUUGUGAAAUUUUGGAGCUAUUAAGAGCUGUUUCAUAUGGUUCAGUUCAUAUUAUCAUUGUUGGAAAAACAAAUAUAUAAUAUGAUAUAUUAUUAUUGUAUGUGAUAGAAUAUUUUAUAUAAGAAUUGCUAGAUUAUUCGAUUUUUCCUAUGU